GAACGGGAUUCAGCUCCUGCUGCCCAGGGACCCUCGGGAGAGAGCGUGGGUUUGGUGUUGGAUGGUGGGGAAGUAGCGGGGGACGCCUUCCCCGAACUUUCCCGGUGUUCUGUCACUCAGCGUUUGGACGUGCACGGUUGCACCUCCUCCUCAUAGUGUCACUGGAGUUAAACUUCGGGCCGCCAGGAAUGUUCAAGUUAAAAUUUGGGUGCUAGUUUGUUAACGAAGUUUUACUUAUUUUCUUGUUUAAUUUACCUAGUGAAUCAACCACAUUUCUUUGAAAGAGGAAGUUUACGGUAUGUCUAUUUCAUGUCUAUUUCAUGUCUAUGUAUGUGUAUUUACACCUGCAGUUUACAUUAUGUACAUUUCACACACGCAGUGUAAAUGAUCGGCAGUUUGGGAUUUUCAGAAAUUCCAGGCUGGCUUUCAAGAAAUGAAGGUUAGGAUGUGCUGUGCUGGACUGCGGAAUCUUCUCCAAGGGCUGAGCUUCAGUGCCAAGUACUACUGUAAGCAUAACCUGCCUCAAACAGUAUGUCCUUACAGUAAAAUUGGACCCAAAAAGUGCCACAUCCUGAACUGUUCAAAAAGUACAUCAUGCACCCACAGGACUGCACCACCUGGAAGCAUCCUGCCGUGCAGAUUUUUUGCCUGCAAGCAGGAAGGAACAAAAGUCCCUUCCAAAAGGAAGCAGAAUACAGCCAUAGUAACUUCAGACCUUUUGCACAAGAACCUUCUGAAAUCAGAGCAAAAAAACUGGGAUAGCAUUUCACCUACAUACAAAGCUAUGACAAAGAGAAUCAAAGAAAAGCUGGAAGAAUUGCACAACAUGUACACACUCAAUUCAGGAAGCCCAAGGAUGAGGUUGGGAGAGAAUGUGUACUUUGAAGAGAAUGGCUGCAUAUUUCUUGCAAAAGCAGAUGAUGAUGAAGGAAGUGCUGAGAUUUUAUUCAGUGUUGAAGAUCUUGGCUUUUCUGAUGCCUUUAUUCAACGGAUCAGAAUUUCACCAGAUCACAGAUACAUGGCCAUCAGCUUAAAAAGUGAAAAUUCUGAAGAGGCAACCUGCAUUAUUAUGAAACUUGGUAAUCUUGUUGCUGUGGAAAAAGUAAUUCCAAGUGUAUUUAGCUUUGAAUGGGCUGCAAAUGAUGUUCUAUAUUACACAACUCAGAAGAACCUUAAAUGCCAGAAUGUAUUCAUGACCACUUUCACUUACCAGAAACAUACUAAGUUAGUUUACACAGAACAAGAUGCAAGAUUCUUUGUAGACCUUUAUUGCACAAAAGACAGGCGUUUUCUCACUAUCAACAGCAACAGCAAGACAAGCUCAGAAGUUUGGCUGGUUGACUGCAGACAUCCCUUUGAGCCACCUGCUCUUGUACAAGCACGAACCAAAGGGGUCAUUUACCACAUCGAGCACAGAAAGGACCAGUUGUACAUUCUUACUACAUAUGGAGAACCUGCAGAAUAUAAGUUGAUGAAUGCACCAGUAGCUUCCAGUGGCAAGGAGAACUGGCAGUUAGUUUAUGCACUGGAAAAGAAAACCAAGCUGGUAGACUUUGAGAUGUUCAGUGAUGACUGUGUUAUGUUCCUGAAGAAUGCUGGCCAUCUUUACUUAAAUGUGAUUUCUUUUGUUUCACACUCAGUUCAAUCAAUAAAGCUACCUACAUGGGCCUGUGAAUUUGAAUUGGAAUCUCAUCCUGAACUUACCACCAGCACCUGCUAUUUUCAGCUCUCCUCCCCAGUACACCCCCCUAAGCGUUUUGCAUAUUCAUUUAAAGAAAAUAAUCUCAUUGAACAAGCUGUGCAAGAGGUACCAAUUAUUACGAAUUGUCACACUACACGUUUACUAGCUAAAAGCAAGGAUGAAACUUUGGUGCCAAUUACAGUUUUUCAUAAUAAGAAUUCUAAAGAACUACACAGGAGACCACUUCUAGUUCAUGUAUAUGGAGCUUAUGGCAUAGAUUUGAACAUGAGCUUUAAAGAAGAGAAGCUGAUGUUAAUUGAAGAGGGUUGGAUAUUAGCGUAUUGCCACGUUAGGGGUGGAGGAGAGCAGGGCCUUGGCUGGCACAGAGAUGGAUGUCAGCAUAAUAAACUAAAAGGUCUCCAUGACCUCAGGGCUUGCAUCAGGCUGCUGCACCAGCUGGGAUUUUCUCAGCCCAAGCACACGGCACUGACAGCUGCCAGUGCUGGGGGAGUUCUCGCAGGAGCCCUGAGCAACACUGACCCAGCACUGAUCAGAGCCGUGGUUUUACAGGCUCCUUUCGUAGAUGUUCUAAAUACAAUGAUGAAAACUCAUCUCCCACUGACAAUUGAGGAACAAGAAGAAUGGGGAAAUCCAUUAGAAGAUGAAAAGUGUAUGAAGUAUAUCAAAAGCUAUUGCCCAUACCAGAAUAUUAAACCACAGUGCUAUCCAUCAGUUUUUAUCACGGCGUAUGAAAACGACGAACGGAUACCACUAACAGGAAUUUUGCAGUAUGUUCAGAAACUCAGGAAGGCUGCACUAGAUCAUGCCAGCAGAACAAGUAAGAAAGGAAAUUGGAUUCCUAAUAUAAUCCUAGAUGUCCAUGCAAAUGGCAGUCAUUGUGAUUCAUCCUGGGAGCACUCACUGAAUGAGGUUGCAAGACACCUUGCUUUUCUGAACAGAGAACUUGAGGAAGUGUGCUAUCCCCAACAUCACAGCAAAUCCUGCCAAUAACUCCUAAACACACUGACCACCUGAAAAACGUCGGGUUUUUGGGUCAGGUUUGGAUUUGUAUGGAAAGCAAACACCUUCUCCACAGGAUCUCUUCUCUCAGAUCCCUGCUUUAUGGGCACAAGCACACAAAGCUGGGUGUGGCACUGCCAUACAAAAAUACAGACCAAGAACUGGAUUUCUGCCCUGCCUGGCUAUGCAGAAGCAGCUGCCAGCAGAAAUGAGUUUGUCCAGCAGCUCUGUUCACACGAGUGGAGCUGGAGCACAACAAUGGGCACACAGAGCCUCACAGCAGAGCCACAGGCACUUGGCACAGGCAGCCUUCCUGUCCAAGGCAUGUCUUGCAUGGCCACAUGUUACACAAGGCAGUAGACCUCCUCCAAAGCAUCUGACAUUGAAGUCUUACAACUUCCAGAACUAAUUCCCAGAUGUAGGUGAUGGUGAUUGCUGCCCUCUCUGUGUGCACAGCAGCUAUGGUGUACUGAUCAUGUGGUGGGAUUGACCAAACUGCAAAGAAAAGCACUCUCAAGAAGGGGAAUUUUAGCAGAAUUGUGAUCUUAAUACAUUAAAAAUCUUGCAGUUACCUUA